UAAAUGUGUGCUUUGAAAUUGCAGUUGUUUGCACCAGGUAAAAAAAUCCUACAGGUCAGGGACAGCUGAGAACUAGGUGGCUGGAAAAGCGUAAGAUAUUUCACAUCCUUAUGCUUUUGAGUUAGUCUGUAAAAUUGAGCAAGAUUAUUAAUGAAUUUGUAUUUGCUGGGAAAAGAUGCCUUGGAGCUGGGAGAAAACCUUUGGAAUGAAGAUUAGGAAGAAAGGGAAAAAAGUCAUGUUUUCUUUGUCCCACCCUCAGCCUGUCCUCCCCUAACAAAUAACAAUCUGCCACAAAAGCAUGAAAACAAGUCUGAGGAGACAUACUUACAGUGUGUGUCUUGGCAUAGAAUAAUACAGAUGACUCCCACAACUACAUCUCUUCUUCCAAGCAUCAUAACCAUCCUUCUCCUCCCUUGGGAGUGCUUUCAGGAGAACUAGCAUGGCCCAGUGCUUUACGGCAUAAGAAAUUUGGAUCUCAUCCUGGCUAUGUCUCAGGCUUUGUAUGGAAAUUUAAAAUUGAUCUUCCUAUAAAAUGAAAAGACUUUUUUAUUUCUUUUCCUUUCUUUCUUCCUCCCUUCCCAACCACCCCCAACCUGCAGCUUAGUAUGCAAGCUCAAGCUGACCGCUACUCAGAGUCAGAGCACGAUCUUAAGAUAACUGGCUCUGGUUGCUCUCUUCAUGCUAAUAAUAAUAGUAUCCAUCUCCCUCAGGCAUUCUAGUGCUGAGCAGGUAGUCAGGUUCAGCAGUACUAGAGAUUAAGCUUUUAAUUAUUUUCUUUAAUUAAAAUUCAAUAGCAAUCGUCUAAAAGUGCAGUCUUUCAGAGAGAAGGAUGCAUUAGUAAGACAUUGAUGCAGAGCCAAUUACUGCUUGCAGAGAACAUUUGGACCUUGCUCAGAGCACACCCCUGAGAGCCAGCACCUGCUAAUGCACACCCUCUUGUGGCUUGUGCUAACAAUGGCUGCACUGUGACGUUGUGUGGUUGAUGAGAAAAAGUCCAUUUUCACAGGUACCCCCAUGAAUGCAGCCAUAUUAACAUAGGUUUGGAUACUGCCAGCGGUGUCUAGUUGACCCUGUGACAGGGUUCAUUGGCCUGUUGUGCCCUCAUUUGGGAGCAGGAAGGAGGAGAUAAAUUUUUGUGUCCAAACGUGAUGUCCAGCCUGACCACAUAUUCAGAUGUGUUGUGUGUGUUUUAGUUCUCUCUACAGCUUCCAUUGUACAGUUCAAGGAGAAUGAAGCCUUGGGUUGGUGUGGUUUCUGGUGGAUGCAUUGGAAGCAAAGCAAGAUGGAAGCUGUACCCCCGGGUGCUCAGGGACGUGUCUGUAAUGGACCUGUCGACUUCAGUCUUAGGGCAGAAAAUCAGCAUGCCUGUCUGCGUUGGAGCAACUGCUAUGCAGCGCAUGGCUCACGCUGAUGGAGAGAUGGCUACUGCUAGAGCCUGCCAGGCCACGGGGACAGGGAUGAUGCUGAGCUCCUGGGCGACCUCCUCCAUUGAAGAAGUUGCUGAAGCAGCUCCUGACAGCCUUCGCUGGCUGCAGCUUUAUGUGUACAAGGACCGGGAGGUUACCAAAUCCCUAGUGAAGCGUGCGGAGAGAGCAGGUUACAAAGGGAUCUUUGUGACGGUGGACACGCCGUUUCUCGGAAGGCGCAUUGAUGAUGUGCGAAACAAGUUCCAGCUUCCUCCCCACCUCAGAUUAAAAAAUUUUACAAGCAACAGCUUGGCCUUCUCCUCAGGAAAAGACUUUGGAGAAAAUAGUGGACUGGCUGUCUAUGUAGCCGAGGCGAUUGAUUCAAGUGUCAAAUGGGAGGACGUCAAGUGGCUUCGAGGGCUGACCUCACUGCCCAUCGUCACGAAAGGAAUCCUCAGGGCUGAUGACGCUAAAGAAGCCGUAAAGCUUGGGGUAAAUGGUAUUCUGGUGUCAAAUCAUGGAGCACGACAGCUUGAUGGAGUCCCUGCAACUAUUGAUGUCUUGCCUGAAAUUGUUGAGGCUGUGGAGGGGAAGGUGGAGGUGUUCCUAGACGGUGGUGUAAGAAAAGGCACAGACGUUCUCAAAGCGUUAGCCCUGGGUGCCAAAGCUGUAUUCAUCGGAAGGCCUCUCGUCUGGGGGUUGGUUUAUCAAGGUGAAGAAGGAGCAAAAGAAGUUCUCCAGAUGCUGAAGGAAGAGUUUCGCCUGGCAAUGGCCUUGACGGGUGAGACUUGUUUCCUCUCGGAUGCCGCAGCAUAGAAGAAAUUAGCAGGACGCUGAUACGAAGACACGACGUAUUGUUUUCCAAGAUUUAGGUCUGAAGGUGACCACCUCGCCUGUUGUACAGAAAGUAUGCCACCAAAUAAAAAGAAACUGUUUGCUCUUCGGGCCUCAACCUGCAAUCCUGACUGAGAAGGGGCCGUUUGUAAGAGAUCACUUGCCGAAGAAAGUACAUGAAGCAAAUUUUACAGGUGUUUCUGUAUUCUGCUAGGCUCUUAUGGAAAGCUGCUCUGCUGGUAGUUGUGACUAGAAAUUGGUCUUUAUACAAGAUCAACACAGAAGCUACAAGGUGUUUCUGUGACAAAUGUUAAUAAUAACUUAUAAACCUCCAAUAAUUUUUUGUUAAAAUGAGACUAUGAACAGAAAUGAUCUGAUGGCAAACAGCUACCAGAAUGUAGAAAUUUAAAAUGUAAAAGAUACUUCUUGCUCACUGUUUAGAGAAACUACACUGUAGAUCAAAGAUUACAUUUUGCUUUAUGAACAAUGUCCUUUCCCUAGCAACUAUGUGCUAUUCCUUUUUAAGCAUGUGGGCUUGUAGGUUGUAGAAGCUCAGAGGACUAUUAGUUGUAAAGAACUGAACAACAAAGCGAAACUGGGGAAGUUCUGUUAUCUGACACAAAGCCCGUUGCAAUCAGACAUCCACUGUGCUUGUGUGUCAGAUGUGCAUCAGAUUCUUGGUGUGUGCAAAUCCUUGCAGUCCUAACACUGUUGCCAAACUGUGCUGACAACACCCAGCUUGAGCCCUAAUUCAUGUUUUCCACCUGGACUCAUUUACUGACAGCUUUUUAGAUUAUUAAUUGGUUAAGCCUGUGGUGUCCUGCAUCCCUAUUGCAUAGAAUUGAUAGGCAGAGGCUGGCUAUAGACCCCAACAGACAUAUUGAAAAAAAAAAAGUUCCUUCUCGCUUUCCAUGGAUAAAGAAACUCAGUUGCCAGCAGGUCACUCUUUCUGUAUUAUGACUGUAAGUAUAACUGAGUUUGAUCCAUCUCUUUCCAACCUCUUUCUAUUUUUCAUAAAGAUGGGAGAGUUUGUAGGAUUUGCUGCCAUGUGUAAAAGAAACUUGGAUAAUUGAGGUAUUAACCCAUGAUUUGGGAAGAUCCUAGUGGCUCCAUUCAGUUUCCAUGAACACCCUUUAGAGAAAGAUGAGUGUUACUCACUUUAUGAGGAGGAUACAGAUAAAUACAGGAUGUGCUUCUCUUCUUGUAACAGUCCAAAUACCUACUGAAUACAGGAGAAAGAACAUAGGAAUAUCUUCAUACAGCAACUAUCCCAGAGUGAGCAGACAAAGGAGGUAAGGCUCUAUGAAACUCAUCUUCAGUGAAAGUAAGGGUGGCUCUUCAUCUGUCACACUCUUGUUGCGGGUAUGGCAAUAUUACUGGGAGCAGGGAGAGAGGCCACUGCAGAAUGGUUUUGAAAAUCUUGUUCUGGAAAUAAAGUGUUUAUUUUUAAGGAGGAUUAAAAAAAAUGUGCCUUGAUUUCAUUGUUCCACUGUCACCGACAUCACUGUCUCCACCAUUUGUUUCCCAUCAGUGUCAGAAGAACUCAUGCAUUCUGAUUCUCCCUUUUUGCUCUGUUUGAAAUAUCCCGUACUGAGCUUUAGAGGCAGCAUUGUAAUAAAAUGAUGGAAUAUUACAAUGUGAACUUAAGCUGGGACUGGAACUCAAAUCGGGGAGAAAACCCAAAAGGCCACAUGCUUGCCCUUCAGUUGUAAAAUUUGUACUCUUAUUUACUGCAGAAUGUAGUGUGUUGUGUGAGUGUUGCGUAGCAACAAAAUAAAGUUUAUCUGUGUAGAGAAAUAUGAAUGUUUCUCAGAGCAUAGAGAAGCAUAAUUUCUACUGUUUACUGCACUUAUCAUAUCUGUUGCAAUGUGGACUGUGUCAGAUGUCAAUUACAGACUAACUUCAGAAAGACUGUUUAUUUUAGAUAAUAUAAAUGUUACUUAAAAGAGAGGGGCAUAAUAUCUUAUGUUUACAUGUUUAAGAUCCAUUUCUAAAGUUUAGAAGAUGCAGUUUCCUGUCUUUGCCCCAACCACAUUCAAGAAAAGUUCUGUAACUCUGUGGUCCAGGAUAAAUUCUGAUGGUGAGGAAACUGGUUUUGUUGCUUGUGCAUAAUUAACUAUUUCUAGUUCCUUUGGGAUAAUGGGCUUAUUUUUUUCCUGCUUGUUA